UGACGCAGGAAUGCGUUUCAGUCACACAAACAUCUCUGCUGUGGUCUAUGUCGCGUGGAUAGGCAUAACCAGCGCGUUUUCACCGCAUUUUCCGUUCCCAGGUGUUAAACAGAUCGGUCGAGUUAGUCAUCUGUCAUUCACAUUAAGCUACACAGACACUCACACGAGCUGUGUAGAGUUUAUAUAUUUAUACGCGUUCAUGUGAUCACGCGCGGCCGGUGGUACGGUUGCAGGUCCUACGAAACUCAUUCUUAAAUCUGAAGUUGAAGUUCUACCCUUGCGUGUUUUGGAGGCCAUGCUUCGUCUUGCGUGGACCCACGGUAGAGGCUUCAGAGGUUGUGUGCUCUGUCAGAGGAGAUCUCGUCAUCAUCAGAAUAAGCACAGCGUCAUAGCCAUCCGACGCGAGGAUGUCAACGUUUGGGAGAGACGGGCGCCGCUGGCACCACGGCACGUGAGGGAGAUCACAGCCGCCGGGCACAAGGUGCUGGUGCAGCCGUCCAACAGACGGGCCAUACAUGACAGAUACUAUGAAAAAGCAGGUGCUGUCAUACAGGAGGACAUCUCCGGGGCAUCUCUCAUCGUUGGUGUGAAAAGACCGCCAGAAGAAAAGGUGUACCCCCAAAAAACCUAUGCGUUUUUCUCACACACCAUCAAAGCACAGGAACCCAACAUGGGGCUUCUGGAUGACCUUCUUAAAAAGGAAGUGCGACUCAUUGAUUAUGAGAAAAUGGUUGAUCCCAAUGGCUACAGAAUUGUUGCAUUUGGACAGUGGGCUGGUGUUGCUGGAAUGAUUAACAUUUUACAUGGCCUGGGCUUGCGUUUUCUUGCUCUGGGACACCACACCCCAUUUAUGCACAUUGGCAUGGCACACAACUACAGAAACGUCAGCCAGGCCAUCCAGGCAGUGAGGGAUUGUGGGUAUGAAAUAUCUUUAGGUUUGAUGCCCAAGUCCAUAGGUCCUCUCACAUUUGUGUUUACUGGCACCGGCAAUGUGUCCAAGGGUGCCCAAGAAAUUUUCAACGAGCUUCCUUGUGAAUACGUGGAACCUCAUGAACUCAAAGAAGUAUCGGAGACUGGAGAUUUGACCAAAGUAUACUUCACAGUGAUCAGUAGACAUCACCACCUGGUAAGAAAGAGUGAUGGACUCUACGACCCUUUGGAGUAUGAAUACCAUCCUGAGCUGUACACGUCAGAUUUCAGAAAGACUAUUGCCCCUUACACAACCUGUCUGAUAAAUGGCAUAUAUUGGGACCCUCACACACCCAGACUUUUGCGACGACUGGACGCUCAGCGUCUGAUCAGACCCGUCACACCUGCAUCAUCAUCACCCGAUCACGGCUGCCCUGCACUUCCACACAAGUUCUUGGCUAUCUGUGACAUCUCUGCAGACACAGGUGGCUCCAUUGAGUUCAUGACUGAGUGCACCACUAUUGAGAAACCCUUCUGCAUGUAUGACGCAGAUCAACAUAUCGAUCAUGACAGUGUGGAAGGUAAUGGCAUUUUAAUGUGCUCCAUUGAUAAUCUGCCUGCCCAACUUCCCAUUGAAGCUACUGAGUAUUUUGGAGACCGGCUGUUUCCUUACAUCUGGGAGAUGCUCCCAUCAGACGCCACCAGACCGCUCGAGGAAGAGGACUUCUCACCACAAGUCAGAGACGCUGUCAUUACAUCUAACGGCAAGUUGACUCCUAAGUUUGAAUACAUUCAGAAACUCAGAGAAAGAAGGGAAUCGGAGCAGAUCCUGAAGAAAGCAGGAAUGAAGCGAGUGCUGCUUCUGGGCUCAGGCUAUGUGUCUGGGCCAGUUGUCGAGUAUCUCACCAGGGAUGCUGGUACCCAGGUCACAGUGGCAUCAAAUUUGUUGCAUCAGGCAGAAGACAUUGCAGCCAAGUAUCCUAAUACCAUCGCUUUCAUGCUGGACAUCACCAAACAAGAAGGUCACUUUGAAUCUCUGAUCAAAGACCAUGACAUUGUUAUCAGCAUGUUGCCGUACGCAUUUCAUCCACAAGUAGCCAAACACUGCAUUAAGAUGAAAGUUAACUUGGUGACCGCCAGUUAUAUGAGCCCAGCCAUGAAGGAACUUCAGCAGAGUGCCGAGGAAGCUGGCAUCACCAUUGUAAAUGAGAUGGGUCUGGACCCUGGCAUUGAUCACAUGUUGGCCAUGCAGUGCAUCGAUCAGGCCAAGGCAGACGGUUGCACUGUGGAGUCCUAUAGCUCAUUUUGUGGAGGUCUCCCAGCCCCGGAGUGCUCUGAUAACCCACUGCGUUACAAGUUUAGCUGGAGUCCGUAUGGCGUUCUGCUCAAUACCAUCAGUCCGGCCAUCUACCUGAAGGACAACCAAAUCGUCAGUGUUCCACCUGGUGGCGCUCUCAUGGAAGUCACAAAGCCAAUGGACUUCUUGCCUGGUUUCAAUCUGGAGGGCUUCCCCAACCGAGAUAGCACCAAGUACGCCGAGCUUUACGGCAUCGAGUCGGCUCACACUUUUAUCAGAGGAACUCUGCGCUUUAAGGGCUUCGCUUCCGCAAUGAGCGGCUUUGUGAAACUGGGCCUGAUCAACACUGAGCCGUGUCCACUGUUGGAUCACACGGCUUCUCCUGUUUCAUGGAAAGAGCUUUUGUGUAAGCAGAUUGGAUUGCCCUCCACAAUGAGCAGCAGUACUUUUGAAGAAGCUGUUUAUGAGCGAAUAGACAAAGAUGACUUCAGAAUGCAGAGUCUCAGAUGGCUUGGGAUGCUCAGUGAGGAACCUGUUCCCCAUGCAGACACCAUACUAGCAGCGCUCGCUAAACACCUGGAAGCCAAACUCGCCUUUGCUAAAGGUGAGCGAGAUUUGAUCAUCAUGAGGAACGAUGUAGGAAUCAGACACCCUACUGGUGAGCUGGAAACCAGACACAUCAGCCUGGUGGUCUACGGGGAACCCAAUGGAUUCUCAGCCAUGGCUAAAACUGUGGGCUAUCCAGCAGCAAUCGCGGCACGUAUGGUACUCAACGAUGAACUGACCACCAAAGGGCUCGUGGUGCCGAUGAUGAAGAGCAUCUACAGUCCGGUGCUGAAGAGACUGCAGGAUGAAGGUCUUCAGUAUAUCACCAAAAGCACUGUAUCGGAGUAACCAAACCCAUGAUGCUUUAAAACACCCGCAUCACGCUGAGAUCUCAACAAACUUGUAUUACCGACUGCCAGAGACUUACAAAACAACACUGUUUAAACAUCCAUUCUUCUGUAGUAGUGAACGUCGCAGAUCAGUAUCAGAAUGUCAGGGUUGGUGAAAAUGAUCUGAUGGUAACUCAAAGUUGUUGGUAGGCUUCAACACAACAAAAAUGUGGAUGAUUGUAGGCAUUUACGAUGAUUGUGUGUUUAUUUUUAGUCAGUGUUGUUAUGGUAAAUAGGGAGUAUUUUAUUAAUGUGAAGCAGUCAACAGUCGGUAUUUUAUAGCUCUUAUGAUGAAAGUAUUCAGAUCAUUGAUGUAACAUUAUCAUAAAUUGUUCUUUAAUAUUGAAUACUACUGAAAAGUUUUGUUUUGGAAGUUUUAUGAUUUAUUUUAAUGCAGCUAAAUCUGUUAAAAUUUCAGCAACAAAUCUUUACGCAAUGUGAAUUUUUUUUUAAACACUACCUUUUAAAAAAAACAGCACGUCCAAAGAGGUCAUAUUAAAAUGUUUGCGUUCUUGCCGUAA